GAGAACCACAGUCAAGUUUGGACACAACAGACAACACUGAAAUAAAUCAUCAGAGAUCUCUUCAGAAGAAAACUGUCAAUUGCCCUGUCAGCGGUAAAGGGUUUUCUCGACGAGAACGUAUGCAGAUACACAUGAAUGAACAUACAGGAGAGAAACCCUUUAGUUGCUCAGUCUGUGGUAAAGCGUUUUCUCGAAAAGAGUAUGUGCACUCACAUAUGAGAAUACAUACAGGAGAGAAACCUUUUAGAUGCCCCGACUGCGGCAAAAGGUUUCCUCAAAGAAGUACUUUACACACACAUAUGAGAAUACAUACAAGGGAGAAACCUUUUACAUGCUCAGACUGCGGCAAAAUGUUUUCUCAAACAGGUCAUUUACGCACACAUAUGAGAAUACAUUCAGGGGAGAAACCGUUUAGAUGCUCAGACUGCGGCAAAAGGUUUUCUCGAAUAGGUAAUUUACGCACACACCUGAGAGUGCAUACAAGGGAGAAACCUUUUAGAUGCUCAGACUGUGGUAAAGCUUUUACUAGAAGAGCACAUAUGAAUUCACACAUGAUAAUACAUACAGGAGAGAAGCCUUUUUGUUGCUUGGUCUGUGGGAAGAACUUUGCUUUAAGAGAAAGUGUGCAGAAUCACAUGAGCAUACAUACAGGAGAGAAACCUUAUAGCUGUUCAGUCUGUGGUGAAGCUUUUGCUAGAAGAAAAUAUGUGAACAGACAUCUGAGAAUACAUACAGGAGAGAAGCCUUUUUGUUGCUCGGUCUGUGGGAAGAACUUUGCUUUAAGAGAAAGUGUGCAGAAUCACAUGAGCAUACAUACAGGAGAGAAACCUUAUAGCUGUUCAGUCUGUGGUAAAGCUUUUGCUAGAAAAGCAUAUGUUACUACACACAUGAGAAAACAUACAGAGAAGAAACCUUGAUGAGUGUUUGGUGAAGGUUUUAGUCAAAAGGCCAGUCAGAGGAAA